AUGUCGUCGUUCGCCGGCGUCUCUGUGGUGGAGGACGGCGGGCUGUGCGACUCCACCGUGGCCUUCAUCAACACCAGCUCCGAGUGCGGGUACCACCUGCUUGUGGUCGAAAACUACUCACGUACCAACAAGUCGAGACCCACUAGCGAGAGCGUCACCUCCCGCGAGUUCGGGGUAGGAGGCCAUUGUUGGCUCAUCAAGUGCUUCCCUAACGGCAAGAGCACGGAUUGCGCCGACUUCGUUUCCCUCGAUGUUGUUCUUGAUGACGACGAUGACGGCAAGACGCCUGUGAAAGCCAAGUUCACCUUCAGUUUCAUCGACCAGGUUGAGAUGCAGAAUCCUCUCUACGUUGGUCAAGCUGAAACAUGCAGCUUUCCCUCCAAGGGUUCUUCUUGGGGCUACGACAGGUUUGUGAGAAAAGACGCCGUUGAACGAUCAAUGAAUCUGGAGGCUGAUUGUUUCACCAUCCGGUGUGACAUCAUGGUCUGCAACACCGAGGAUGAUGAUGCCGCUGGCCAUGGAAACGGGGUGCGCCUGCCUGACAUUUGCCAUCAUUUUAACAAUCUCCUUCAAACCAAGGUUGGUGCUGAUGUCACAUUUGAGGUCAGUGGUGAGACGUUCCCUGCACACCGGUGUGUGCUUGCAGCCAGGUCUAAAGUCUUCAUGGCACAACUCUUUGGCCCCAUGAAGGAUACGUCCACCAUCAUACAUAUCAAAGACAUGAAAGCAGAAGUGUUCAGGUCUUUGCUCAGCUUCAUCUACACAGACUCGUUCCCUGGGAUGGAGAUGGAUGACAUGGAGGACGACGAAACAGAAGUUGAUGAGAUGCGGCUGCAAUGGCUGCAAGACUUGUUGGUAGCGGCAGACCGAUAUGAUCUUCAACGACUCAAGUUCAUAUGUGAAAUGCAGUUGUCUGAGAACAUACAGGUGAGCUCGGUGGCGUCUACACUAGUUCUAGCCGAGCAGCACCACUGCUCCGGAUUGAAGGAGGCGUGCUUCAAGUUUAUCCAAGCCCAGUCUCCAUCGUGUUUGCAAACACUAAUGGCGUCUCAUGGUUGGCAGCAUAUACUUGCAACAUAUCCCCUUGUUUUGAACGAGCUCAUUGCCAAGCUUAUUGCUUUGAAUCAGAAGUGA